UGCCGUGUCUACCCGUCGUCGACAAGGUGCAGUGGAGAACGUACGUUGAUCCACCUAUGCAGAGCUGAACCAGAGCUGAGAGGCUAGCCUAAGCGGCUGUGGUGUUGCGUAGACUGAAUCAAUUUACUGAAAAUAAACGUCUCAGUUUAGUACCAAACUUUCGUUUUCUCUGGGUAGUUUUCAGUAGAUAUGCGACAGUUGAAAUUUUAUGUGGGCCUACAGGAGUCAUGCAAGUGAAUAUAAGCACAAAAGAUGGCAAGUUUUAUAGCUGAAGAUUCUACAAUAUCAGGAAAUGUUGAUCAGACUUACUCACAGGAAUAUAAACCUGACGUAGAAGAUAGCCACACCAAUGGUAAUGAUGAUAAAUUUGAUGGACAAGAAACCCACACCAGUGGUAUAGAUGAUAAAUUGGAUGGACAAGAUGGCUACACCAAUGGUGCUGAUGAUAAACCAGAUGGACAAGAUAACCACACCAGUGUUAUUAAUGAUAAACCAGAUGGACAAGAAAGCCACAGUAUUGGUGUAGAUAGUAAACCAGAUGGACAAGAUAGCAACACCAGUGGUAUUGAUGAUAAACCUGCUGGACAAGAUAGCCACACCAAUGGUAUUGAUGAUAAACUGGAUGGACAAGAUAGCCACACCAAUGGUAUUGAUGGUAAACCGGAUGGACAAGAUAGCCACAGUAGUGGCAUAGAUAAUAAACCUGAUGGACAAGAUAGCCACACCAGUGGUAUUGAUGAUAACCUAGAUAGACAAAGUAACCAUGCCAAUGGUAUUGAUGGUAAACUGGAUGGACAAAAUAGCCACACCAGUGGUAUUGAUGAUAAACCUGACGGACAAGAUAGCCACACCAGUGGUAUUGAUGAUAACCUAGAUGGACAAAGUAACCAUGCCAGUGGUAUUGAUGAUAAGCUGGAUGGACAAAAUAGCCACACCAGUGGUAUUGAUGAUAAACCUGCUGGACAAGAUAGCCACACCAGUGGUAUUGAUGAUAACCUAGAUGGACAAAGUAACCAUGCCAAUGGUAUUGAUGAUAAGCUGGAUGGACAAAAUAGCCACACCAGUGGUAUUGAUGAUAAACCUGAUGGACAAGAUAGCCACACCAGUGGUAUUGAUGAUAACCUAGAUGGAAAAAGUAACCAUGCCAAUGGUAUUGAUGAUAAACUGGAUGGACAAAAUAGCCACACCAGUGGAAUUGAUGAUAAACCAGAUGGACAAAAUAGCCACACCAGUGGAAUUGAUGAUAACCUAGAUGGACAAAGUAACCAUGCCAAUGGUAUUGAUGAUAAACUGGAUGGACAAAAUAGCCACACCAGUGGAAUUGAUGAUAAACCUGACGGACAAGAUAGACACACCAGUGGUAUUGAUGAUAAACCUGACGGACAAGAUAGCCUUGCCAAUGGUAUGGAUGAUGAACCAGAUGGACAAGGUAGCCUCGCCAAUGGUAUUGAUGGUAAACCAUACGGACAAGGUAGCCUCGCCAAUGGUACGGAUGAUAAACCAGAUGGACAAGGUAGCCUUGCCAAUGGUAUUGAUGGUAAACCAGGUGGACAAGGUAGCCUUACCAAUGGUAUUGCUGAGGAAACUGUAACAAAAAAAGUGGACAGGUUCGGAUUUACUGGAGGCAACCAGUUUGAAGAGAAUAGAGAUUCUCAUUUGCCUGUAAGUGUCAUCCGCAAACGCGAACUCAAGUGGUUGGAUAUGCUUGAGGACUGGUCAAAAUGGAUGAGUAAAAAGCCAAAAAAGGUCAAAGAGCGUUGUCGUAAAGGAAUCCCAUCCUCGUUACGUGCGCGAGCGUGGCAGUAUUUGUCAGGAAGUAAAAAUGUAAUGGAGAAAAAGAAACUAGUAUUUGCAGAACUUGAUGCUCAAGAUGGCGACCCCAAGUGGGUGGAUCUCAUUGAAAAAGAUCUAGACCGUCAAUUUCCAUUCCAUGAAAUGUUUGCGAAAGGAGGAGGAGGACAACAUGAUUUAUUCCGCAUAUUAAAGGCCUAUAGCAUAUACAAUCCUAGAGAUGGUUACUGCCAAGCCCAAGCCCCCAUAGCUGCCGUCCUAGUAAUGCAGAUGCCUGCAGAAGAAGCAUUUUGGUGCCUUGUUCAAAUAUGUGAGAAGUAUCUAGUCGGCUAUUUCAGUCCUGGAUUGGAGGCUAUGCAAAUUGACGGAGAUGUACUCCUUGGUUUGAUGAAGCGCCACCUUACGACGACAUAUCAUCACAUGGUGGAGCAGAACCUGGAGCCGGUUCAUUAUAUGACUGAAUGGUUCAUGUGUAUAUACUCACGUACUUUCCCAUUUGCAACAGUUCUCAGGGUCUGGGACAUCUUUCUAUGUGAAGGGGUUAAAGUGUUAUUUAAGGUUGCAUUAGUGAUCAUCAAACAUUCGCUAUCCAGCAGACGUCAGCUGCAAGAAUGCCCAGGAUUUUAUGAAACCAUACAAAAAUUGAAACACAUUCCCAGCGAUAUUGUAGAAGAAGAUUUCCUUAUUAAUGAGGUUGUGGAGAUGAGAGUAUUUGAAAAGGAAUUUGAAGCAGAGCAUUCGCUACAGGUAGCGCGGAGGAAUGCAAUGAAACAGAGGCAGCUGCGACACAGCAAUCAAGUGCAAAUGGCAAAGCAAGUAGCAGAAAUAAAACAGAAGAAGAAAAUCAAAUCUAAAUCAAAAAUUCAACUUAAGAAGCCACUUUCCCAGAGUCACAGUGCUUUGGAUUAUAUAUCCAGUGAUCAAAUUGAUAACUUUGACGCAUACAGCUUGCCCAACACUCCCAGUCAGCGGAGAUGGGCCGAGGUAGGAAAUAUAAAACAGCAAAGUCAGAGUGAUACUGGCGCAUAUCAAAGCAAGUUUAACGGAGCAAAGGCGUAUAGUGCCGAUGAACUAGAUUAUGAUGGUUAUUUAGGUGAGGUAACUAACCAAACAGACACUGGUUUAAAUGGAAAGAAAGCAGGUGAAAAGGUAAAAAAAGAAAAGAAAAAGUCAAAGGAUAAAAAGAAGACCAAAAUAAAAUAGUCUUACUUUAAGUGCACCAUCAAACAUUGGCAGCAGAGGGGAAAGACUGAACUUACCUAAUAUUCUUCUUCUUGAUUUCUACUGAGUCUGAUAUCUUUUCAGAUGUUUCUGUCAUAAUUCAAGAAACCCAGUUUUAUGCCAAUGACUUCUCAAAUGAUUCUGCACUUUUAACUUUUAUUCAAACUUUAAUGAUGUAAUUUUAUUAGUAUGCUAGUUCAUACAUGGUUCUAAAAUACUCCAUGACUGGGAAUGCUCCUCAGGGAGUGGAGUUGAGGAAAUUGCACAUUAUGUAUAUUUGUGAAUGUUUCUGAUAAUUGGAAUUGGAUAUAAUAAUUAAAAGGUGCUUAGAAUUUGUGUAUAAAGCCCUGGAUAUGCCAAACAUGACUAUAAUUAUUUAUUAUAUUAACUUUUGAUGCCUUAUUGUUGAUAUGAGUUGUGAACAUCCAGUCUCUUGUAUUCAAGCCUAUCAAUUAUUAAUGGAUCAUGAAUAAAACUUCCAGGUAGUUGCUUACUAAUUAAACCUCCGAUAAUAUCCCACUCAAAUGUAUGUUAAGUAAUUUAAGUUUAAUAAUGCAUAUUUGUGCUGAACUUUAGUCCAGAAUAAUUCCACGUCCUUCUCUGUUGUAUAUUUUGUUACUGUGGUACAUUGAAUAUGAGUUAGAUUUUUGUUAUUACAAAGAGAGUGCACACAUUUAUAUCACAUUUAUUUUUAAUGGAAUUUCAUAUAUUUUAUGUUUGAUUUUCAUGUGGUGUCAAUCAUUAAAUACAACUCAAUUUUAUUUAUAAACAUUGUUUUUACAAAUCUAUAAUUUGUUUACCCAACUCACACUGUAAAGAUAUACUGUCUGUUGAGCUAAUCAAUAUAUGAUAACUUCCUUUGUAAGAAAAGACAGUUAACAGAUUUAAAUUGAAAAUUAGAUUAGAGACAAAUUUUAGUAAGUUAAUUAACAGAUAUAUAAAUAUUAUUGUUUCUGAAUUCUUUUAACUAGACCCUUCAGUUGGCAGGAAAUCAAUUGAAGGGUGUUGAAUUGAUAAUAUAGUUUUUAAAUCAGAGAAAACUUUUUUCUUAUCUCUAUAUUAUUGGAAAUUAAUAACUUGAUAUUUUUUUUUAAAGCUAUUCAGUGUUAUAAUUUAAUUGGUUUUACUAUAUGUCUUAUUAGGGAGUUUGACAGAUGACGUCAUAAUUUAUUCAUCUUGCGUUGCGGAGUACGUUAAUUUCAGGAUUUUACGUGCUCGACGUACGUUAGUUACGGGUUUGCGCAUGCGUAUUUCGAUUUGUUUACAAAAGGGGAGGAGCUAUCGCGCUGCAUGCUGGGUACUAACAUUAAAGUUAGGAUAGCGUCAUGCAUUGAAAACUCUAUUAUUAAUUAGCAAUCUUUAUUGAUCUCUGAGUAUAAAAAAUGCAAUUUAAAAAAAAAUCUAGCCUCCAGUGGACAACAUAUUUUGUAGUUUUGCAAAAAAAGACAUAAAAUCAGAAAUUACUACAAGAUAUUUUUUUUUUUAAAUUAAAAAAACUAAGGAAACCAGACAUAAUAAUACCAGAACCAAAUUUUAGUUUGCUUCUUAUUAUCUCUUUAUAUUUUCUUCUGGUUUAAUUUUAAUAAAACCAAGGUAUAUAUUUAUUAUAUACACUACCAUAUUUUUCUAGUUUUGCAUGUAUUUUAAGAACUAAUUGCUAAGUCAUAACAGUUGUAGAGAGAAUCCAACUCAACCUAGAAUGUGCAAUUUAAGAUAUGCGCAAUGAACAAGGAUUUUGUAUGUAAACCAUAGAAUUUGUAUGUUACCAUGUUAAAAUAGCCCACUGAUGUACUGACCCCUGUCAUUGUCAUGGAUUACUAUGUAUCUCAAAAAGUGUGUUUAUUCAUUCAUCAAACUUUCCUGGUAUAUCAUAGGUAUACUUUUUAAAAAUCAAAAGGUUUUUAUAUAAUAAUUAAAUGAAUGACUACAAUAUAAAUAACUUAUAACUUAUAGAUUAAUUUUUACAUCUUUUUGGCACAGGUGUCAUUUAAAUGUCAUUGAGUCUCAACUCAGUUCUUCAUGAAAAUUGUAAAGUUAGCAUUUUCUGAUAAUUAACAAAAUGUUUAAUACUGUAAUUAUUCUUUGAUAAAGAAUUAUAAAACAAAUUCUCUCGCUAAACCAAGUAAAAAAGAUAUAUAAAUAAUAUACACCUUUGGUAGUGGGCCAAAAUGUGGUAUUAAGUAAUUUAUUAUUGCAUAUGGUGUUUGCUGUAUUGUUUCUUAAUCUUUUGGGGACAUGGUAAUGAAUUGUCUUUACCAUUAUAUCAAGACUGUGCUCGAUUAUUCAAUUAAAAGAGACAAAAUUUGUGUGAAUGUAGUUAAGUGUAUUUAAAUCAACAGACUUGAUGAAAUGUUCAUUAUGUGUAGCUAAAUGUGUGGUGGGUUUCUUAUGUGUGCCAUUAUAUGUAUUGUCAUGUUCAGUGUGCCUAAUAAAUCAUAUAUGUACAUAGCA